UUGAACGAUUGUUCGACUUCGUUAUCGAAUGCAAAUACUGUUCUAGUUCCAAAUAUCUGUUAGAUUAGCAACUACUUACAUUCGUUACAAAACGAACAAAUUUACCAUUUACUCAUCGUACCAAUGUUGUAAAUAAAGGGGUGAAUUGGCUGUAUUAGUUAAUUACACAUAUGAUAGACAAAAACAAGAGUUUUCUUAGAACCGUUUAAUUAUAAUUGCUAUACGAAUUAUGUAUUCGAUACUAUAACUCGGUUCAUUGACUUUAUUUUUGUUAAAUAUUCGUACUGCUCAUAUCGAAAACAGUUUAAAAAAUUAGAAUCAAUAAUUGUAAUAUUCAAUCCGUGAUCAUCGAAUACGCGUAAAAGUUCAAUUAUCGCGUAAAAUGGAGUAUCAAAAUCGAUUGUGUAUGAAAAAAUACUUAAUUUACACAAUGGAUUUGAUGCGGUUUAGUAUACAUUAAAUGAAUACCGGCCAACAGCAUAUUUCUUAUGUGAACGAAUUUUUUGUUUAAACAUGUGAUAUUUUUUCUUGGCGUUCUUUCAAGCUGUAUAUAUAAAUGAUGAUGUUCUGGAUUGUUUCUCUGAUAGCAAUUAUUUUGCAUUUCAGUUCUGCACAAACUAAACCUGAAUCACAAGGUUAUUGUGCACCAUACAAUGGUAAGAUUUGUAAGAAAUAUUUAACUGGAAUUGGAAAAGUAUGGUUCAAUGAUUCCAAUGAUAAUCCUGGAGGAUGGUUGAAUGAACGUAUCACAACUAAUUUAUGGGAGGAAUUGAUACAACGACUUGUUGAACCAUGUCGUUCAGCUGCAGAGAAAAUGCUAUGUAUGUAUGCUUUUCCACAAUGUCACAACUCAGUUGGUCUACCAUUAUGUUAUGAAGACUGUAUGGCAGUACGUCAUCAAUUCUGUUUCAAUGACUGGGCAAUGAUAGAGGAUAACAAACAGAGAGAUAUUUAUAUCAGAUCAAGAGGACAUUUCACAUUACCAGAUUGUGAAUCACUGCCAAAAGUAGUUAAAGGAAACACGACCUGUUCUCAUAUUCAUUUGACUGAUAUGAAUGAAGAACUUGUUACAUAUGAUUGUGUCCAGGGCAAUGGUAGGUUUUACAUGGGCAAAGUAAAUAAAACAAGAUUAGGUUUGGAUUGUCAGUCAUGGAAUGCACAAGUGCCACAUAGUCAUGAUAGACCACCAGAUGUCUUCCCUCAAAUUCGUUAUGGAGAGAAUUAUUGCAGAAAUGCAGGUGGAGAAGAACCAAUGCCAUGGUGUUUUACUAUGGAUCCUCAUAUAAGAUGGCAACAUUGUGAUAUUCCUAUGUGUGCCCAAAAAACAUUUGAUCCUAAAAAGGUUAAUGCAGAUAACGUAACAAGUAAAGUUUUGGAAAUUGAUCCUAAAGACCUAGUAAUGGACACAUUAUUUACUCCAAUGUUUGUAUUUAUAUUAUCUUCAUUACUAUUUGUAAUUAUAGUUGGAAGUUCAUUAUCUCUUAUUUUAAGUCAUAGACUUCAUAAAAGACAUCAAGGAUAUAACCCUACGGAUAAUCAGUAUGUCGGUAUUGAUUUAGAUAAAUUACCGAGCAACGAUGCAUACCACAAAACGACUGCACAACUUAAUCCGAAAUUGGAGAAACUCGAAUUUCCAAGAAAUAAUAUCAUUUACGUUCGAGAUUUAGGACAAGGCGCAUUUGGUAGAGUAUUCCAAGCAAAAGCGCCUGGUCUCGUUCCUGGUGAAGAAUUCACCAAUGUUGCUGUAAAGAUGUUAAAAGAAGAAGCGUCGGAUGAUCUUCUCAAGGAUUUUGAACGAGAAGCAUGUCUUCUCGCCGAAUUUGAUCACCCAAAUAUCGUCAAAUUAUUAGGUGUAUGCGCAUUAGGUCGACCAAUGUGUCUCCUUUUCGAGUACAUGGGUCGUGGUGAUUUGAAUGAAUUUCUACGAUCUUGCUCGCCAGGAAAUUAUAUCAUUCGAAGCCUAGAAAAAGACGAACAUUUCACAGAUUCUCGUCUAUCACACAUGGAUUUAAUUAAUAUUGCACUUCAAGUAGCAUCCGGAAUGGUGUACUUGUCAGAUCGAAAAUUCGUUCAUCGAGAUCUUGCAACACGAAAUUGUUUGAUCAAUGAUCAAAUGAUCGUAAAGAUAGCAGAUUUUGGCUUAUCGCAAAAAAUCUAUUUACAAGAUUAUUACAAAGGUGACGAACAAGAUGCUAUUCCAGUUAGAUGGAUGCCUUUAGAAAGUAUAUUGUACAAUAAGUAUACUGUCGAGUCUGAUGUGUGGGCGUUCGCAGUGUGCUUAUGGGAAAUAUUUAGUUUUGCGCUUCAGCCUUAUUACGGAAUGACGCACGAAGAAGUUGUAAAAUACAUUAAAGAGGGCAAUGUACUCCAAUGCCCUGAAAAUACUCCACCUGCGGUAUACGAUCUAAUGAAGCUCUGUUGGAACAGGAGACCAUCGGAUAGACCUACUUUCAGAACAAUUUAUAACACCCUUGAUACUAUAAAAUACAAUCUGGAAGCAGAAAAUAAGUCGGACAGUGUACCAUUGCGUAUUCACGUUUGAGCCUGAUAAUAAUUUGUCUCUGAAGGGAAUUCAAUAAUUCACAUAAUUAUGAAGUAAGUGAUAUUUAUGGAAAGGUAAACGUAAGUAAGUGGUAAAUUAUACUACAUGUUACACACAAUUGCCUUUGUUACGUUUGUUAUGUAGCCUUAUUAAAUUAAUUGAUCAAAAUAUUUAUGAAAAGUGUGUUAAUAGUAACACGUAUUGGUUACUAUUAUGUUUACAAGAAUGAUUGCACAAAUGCAUUAAGUUAAAUUGGAAAAAUAUUUUUAUUUGAUUUAUAGCCAAUUCUUGUAAAUAUACAUAUACACUACUAAAUCAAUUGUUUUCUACAAAAUGGAAAAUUUCAAAUUUUGCUCGAUCAUGUUUACAAUUACUAAACUUAAAUGCUGUUUAAAAUAAUUUUCAUAAUACCUUUUUAGAUUAUAAAGCUGCUAACAAUUUAUUUAUUACUAAUUUAUUUAAACUUAUAUCGAAACUAAAGAACUGAAGACUGGUAUGUACGAAGAACAUAUAUAUGUAAUCAAGAUACUGUAUGAGUGUUUCAGAAUAAUUUUCCACACAUACAAAUCUCAAUCUUCAAUUUGCGUUCUGCCUAUUGUGAUUUCACGCAUUCCGUCAACGAAUUUUACAAUAAUAUAACAUGUUUCUAACUGCCAUUAAAAGAUGAAAUACACAUAACAGUCCAAUCUAAUGGUAAGAAUAAAACACAACAAUACAAAGAUUUCAGUGGUAGUACUACCAUUAUAGAAUACUUAUUAUAUAAGUAAUCGGAAUCCAAAACUCAAUGUGUUUUUUCGAAGUAAAUAAUAGAUUAAUUUGUGUGUUGCUAUUAAUAUUAACUUGUUUCUAUUUACAAAAAGUUAGAAAUAUGCUUAUAAAAAGAUACGGUAUUGCUGUUAACUCUUCUUAAAAGAUUUCAUAAAAUUUUCUUAUAUAAAUAUAAGAAUGAUGCUUAAAAUGUUUGUUUAAUGUUCUACCAAAAAAAAAACUUAGUUUUAAGUGAUAAAGGUUCAAUAAUUAUAUUGUAAGAAUAGUGGAUUUUUUGCAUUAUAUUUCAUUUUAACAUAAUUAUGAAGAUACAAAUUUAUAUAAUUAUUUGUAUAAAUUUUUAAUGCUUGUUAUUUCUAUGAUUAAAAGUGUAGAGAUUGAUGAUACAUUUUUUAACUAACAUAAUUUUUAUACUAUCUGUGAAUAUAAAAGACACUUUUAUCUUUUCCUCUACUUCUUCUUGGUACAUUUUUAUGAGGAAUUGAAGAAGAAUGUACUAGUUGACCUGAUAAUUAUGGCUAUAUGCAUACAUAUUUAUAUGUGUAAUUGUAUGUACUAGAUAUAUUUGCAAUGCUUUUUUUUACUACUUCAGAUAAGAAAUAUCUUUAGAGACAUACAUUAUGUUAUAGAAAACAGACGAACUUUCCUAUAUAUAAAUAUAUAUAAAGCAAAUAGAAAAAUAAUAAUGUUUUGCUAAAGCCUAAGACAGAUAAUACUGAAUUUAUAUAACUAUGUGAACAAUUUGGCUAUAAAAAAAUGGGUUUAUAUUUAGCAACGUUAUAUGUAAACUGUCCUUAAUUGUUAGAUGUUAGAUCGUUGCUGUACCAAAAACCAUAGCCUAUUUAAUGUACGGAAAAUAAUAUCAUUAAAAGCUAUUAUGACAAAUGUUAUAGUAAGAAGAUAAAAAACAUUAAGUGAGUGUAUACUGUGCAACUGUUAUACAUAAGAUUUGAAAGUAAAUCAUUACUGUGGUGUAAACGGUAUUUAAAUGAAUGUUUUACUCAUAAUACGAUUGUUUCAAUAUAUUAUUAAAUGCAAAAAGUUGUCAUAAAUGGAGUAAAACUUAGAUCAAACUUUUUUAACAAUUGCACUUUACUUUUAUUUCAACUUUUUGUGAUAUAGUUUAAUUUUUUUCAACUAAUAUUAAAGCUAUCUAGUGCUAUUGUUUAUCACUGUAUUUGCAUUCCAAUAGAUGUGUCACUGAUCAGUAUUUUCACAAGGAUCUGUAUGUAUAUGUUGCAAAGAGCAUAUUCAUUUGUGAAUGUUCUAUCUUAUGCUUAAGUACAUAGAUAUGUAAACUAAUGAAUGUCAUUGUCCAGUUGAUUUCUCAAGGCAAUUAAUUAACUCAUUUGGUUGAGCAUUAACAAAUAUGAUAUACUAUAUGCAGAAAGUGUGAAUGCAAUGUUCAAAUGCUCUUCCACAAAUCUUUUUAUAUAUGACUUUUAUAUUGUGAAGAAAAGACAAAAGAACUUUUACCAAGUCUGUGCUCUUACAUCUGUGUAUUUGUAUUCUGUAUAAGUAGAGUUGUACGUGAUAUAAUAUUACGAUAAUACGUACACAAUACGUAUUGUCUAUGACCAAGAAACUUCUGGUAUUAUAUACUUCGUUGAGUUCAGAUGUGUUAUUGACAAUGGUAGACUCUAUUCUGAAUUUUAUGUACAACAAACUAAUCUACUCUGUAAAAACAUAGAGAUUCCUCGAUACUCUAUUUUAAACUUCUAAUGAAAUUCAUACAUGUGCAAAAGUAAUCUAAAGUUGCAUCUUAUUUUAUUGUAAAGAAUCAUGUUUAACUAAAGAGCUAGUAAAGAUUGUGUGCUUUAUACUAUGAAUAUCGAGGAAUUAUCAAUGAAAUACUACGAACAUGUUGAAGAAGAACUGCUAUGAAACUUUUACUGAUGUACAACUUUUACAAGGAAUAAACAACCAAUUUCAUAUA